GCACACUCACAGUGAGUUUCACCAUGAUUCUUGCUCCCCGCUCUGCUGAAAAUGACCAUCAAAAAUUUUCAAAUUGAAUAUGAUGCAAUUAACAGCAGGAACAUUUUCACCAAUGGAGACACUAUUAAUGGACGGAUCAUUCUGGAAAUCUGCAAAGAAAUAAGAAUUAAAUCCCUUGUUUUUAUAGCCAAAGGAAAAGCUCGAGUUCACUUUAGUGAACAUUACGGACUAUUGGGAAAACUCAACCCAGAAGUAGAGGAGAAUUACCGCUAUAAACAGAAAUAUUAUCGAGUUAAACAAUAUAUCUUGAGAGAAUCAAGGCAAAAUGCAAUUGAGACAAUUGGAAGUGGACGCCAUGUUUUUCCUUUUAGCUUCACAAUUCCAGACAGAAAAUUGCCUUCAUCCUUCUCCUCAAUAUUUGGCCAGAUUAUUCAUACCUUAAAAGCCAAGCUUAAACAGUCAAUGAUGCUGCCAAGAAAAGCUAAAACCUACUUCACAUUUGUAUCCAAAGAAGAGAUGAAUUUACCAGGCAUAAGGGUUUUUCAACAAAAAAGCAAAGAGAAAAGCAUUGCUUUGAGCUCUGGAAUAGUCUUACUGGAUAUCUCUACAAGGCAGAUGGGAUACAAAUCUGGGGAAGACCUUCAUGUCACAGCUAGAAUCACCAAUCUUUCAAAUCGUUCAGUCAAACCCAAGUUUGUGUUGGAUGAAAAGAAGACAUACAACGGAGGAGAUUAUAUUAAGGUGGAUAAGCGUAACAUUCUCCAGGAUAAAGCUGAUAGUGUUAAGUCAUGGGGGGGCACAGUAAUUGUGACAAAGGUGUUCACCAUCCCCAAAGAGCUACCUCCGUCCAUUUUGGUUUGUCCUAUCAUCAAGCUGGAAUAUCGGCUUAAGGUAUACCUUGACAUCACAUAUGCACCAAACUUAGUGCUGAAACUCCCGAUCGUCAUCCUCCCAGAACUGUCAGAUGAAAGUCGCUUAUCUCCUUCCAGUGGCUCCAGGUAUGAAGUAUUUGAAAGCUCAUGUGAACCAGCCUGGAUCACAGAACCACAGGCUAUUGAUCCUCCACCUCCCUACGAAGCAGCUGCACUGUACCCUCUGUUUCCUUCUUUGGAUUAUACAUCAGCACUGUGAAUACCUGCUCUACAGAGAUGUUGGGAUGUCAUAGAUUUGGUAGAGUUAAACUAGUGUUUAUUUUAAUAUAAACCACUCUUACAAUCAAAGAGUGUGACUCUAGGCUGCAGCUGAAAAUUCUGUGAUUGGUGAACUGAGGGAUAUUGACUAUUAGUAAACAGAAAUAAUUGCAUUUAUGCAUAAUCAUUGAGAAAAAACAUUAGUACCACCUGUCUCUGGUUUAUAGUUGAUGCAUUAAACUGGGAAAGGAAUGGCAUGGUCCUGUCAACGUACUGGCACCAACAAAGUGUUACAUAUUUUUUUACAUUUCCUACAUCCACAAAUAUAAAUAACUUUAAAACACAUUUUCUUAACUUAAAGUUUUAUAAUGAAGAAAUAGAAAUAUAUUUUGGAGGUUUGUUGUUUGCUGAGUGACAUGGCUUUAUGGCAUUUAUGUUUGCUCCAACAAACACUGUAACAACUUUUUUAUAGACUUUAUAAAAUCUUUCUUUUAACUAAAUAUAUUCCUAGAUUCAUGUUAAACUAAACUUUUCAGAAAUAUUCACUAAAUGCU